AUGAAUCCCCACUCCCUCCGGCCUCCGGCGAGAUGCCGGAGGGGGACCAGCGGUGGUGGUGGUGGGGGCGGUGGCGGUGGUGCUAGGGCAUGUCGCAAGGAGCAGUGUUCUCAAGCACUGCAGUUAUCAGAUAGUGACACUAGUUCCGAGGAAUGUUGGCGUUGUAGCAAUUUCGCACUCUGGCGAUGUUUCGCUGGAAUCUACGAAAGCCACGCGAAGGUGAUCCACUUCAACGCCCCUUUAGCGCAGUCCUCCUCUUUUACAGGCGUAUUCACACGUGCAGUCGUAGCAGCAGCCGUAGCAACAGCAAAAACAGCAGCAACAGCAAUAGCAGGGCCACUAGGAGGAGCAGCAGCAGCAGCGGUCGUGAUGGGAAGAGCAGCAGAGGAGGCAAGCUAUGCCUUCUGCCGGGAGUGCCGUGAAGCUAUGCGUGGCGGCGGCGUCGUCUGGUGCUGCCUGGACUGCUUCCUGGAAGGGGAUAAUCUUAGCCACUUCGCCUACUCAGUGCCUGCUUGGUCCUAUGCCGCGAGCAGCAAUAUUGGGGUGAUUGCCAACAGGGCUCUACAAACCUGCGUCGAGGCAGCUGCAGAUCCCCCCGAGCAAGUCUUGUCACGCGCCAACCGCCUACUCGACUGCAACGGCUUCGGCAUCUACAACCCUGUGGUCAAUAACUGCUUCGACUUUGCCUUUUACUGCAAGACAGGGCGCCGUUGUGACACCCCAGCAAGACCUGCGCGUGACAGUACGACCUGCAUGAUCAUGUAG